AUGCCAUCUUCAAGAGCGCUUAAGCUUUGCCUACUAAUGGCUUGCCUGAUCUUGGAAGCCUCAGCAGCCGGUAACUUUUACCGGGAUGUCAAGAUCAAUUUUGGAGACGGAAGAGCUAAGAUAGAUAAGUCAGGCCAGAGAAAUUUUACAUGCAAAUCAAAUUUGUACCUGGCAAUUCAGCUGGCACAGUUACCACAUUCUUUAUCUUCUCAAGGCGAAAGGCACGAUGAGAUUGAUUUCGAGUUCCUAGGAAAUGCAUCUGGCCAGCCAUGUACACUUCAUACCAAUGUUUAUGCACAAGGAAAAGGAAAUAGGGAACAACAAUUCCGUUUGUGGUUCAUGUUGGGGAAACCGGAUGGUAGCCCCAUCAGAGCAUUCAACAACAAUGAAGGAUCUGGCAUUCCAUUUCCAAAGAAUCAACCAAUGAAGGUUUACUGCAGCUUGUGGAAUGCAGAUGAUUGGGCAACACAAGGUGGACAGAUCAAGACAGAUUGGACACUAGCGCCUUUUUUAGCCUUUUAUAGGAACUUCAAUGCUGAUGCUUGUGUAUGGUCAGCAUCAGCAGGUUCAUCUUGUACUUCCAAAACCCCUCAUUCUAUCAAUACACAAGCGUGGGAAACCCAAGGGCUUGAUGCAAAGGGACGAAACAGAAUGAGAUGGGUGCAAUCUAAGUUCAUUAUCUAUGACUACUGCAAGGACUCCAAAAGGGUUAACGGACGCUUUCCUGCAGAAUGUAGGCGUUCAAGGUUUCUGUAG